CUAUCAGCAGCAUGUUUCAUUGUAGUGGUGUAUCAUUGAUGGGAUAAAUGGACUGGUGCUUAUAUAGUGAUUUUCUAUUUUCAUGUGGACUAAAGUAGUGGACUGACCAACAGACUGACAUUAACAUCAGAGCCGUGCUGCUAGUGUGGCUAAAAGAAAAGAGAAGAAGAGACAGUCAUGUUGAUAUGAACAUUAGAGAAACACAUCAUGGAGCUGAAAUAUGAUCCUGCUUCCUCAUUUGGACUCAUUCACCUCAGCUGACACAUUCAACAGCAGACAGGUUUUUGUAGCAGUCUGUCUCACUGUGAGAGGAGGAUGGUACUACAUCUUUGGCUCUGGAACUAAACUGUCUGUAACAGAUGAGCAGGUAGUGAAGCCCGUGGUGAGCGUGUACCCAGCAGCAUCCAGAGCCCACCUGGAGGGGAACAGCUCCCUGCUGUGUGUGGCCUCAGCCAUGUUUCCUCCUCUGGUCCAGUUCUCCUGGAAAAGACAGAAGAAGAACGGCGGAGAACCGGAGGAGCUGCCCCCUGCUGAGGGAGAGCAGCUGGAGCUCAGAGAGUCGGGACGCACCAUUGCCAUCAGGAUGGUUGAUGGGAGUGAUUCUGACACAUAUAAAUACAGCUGCUGGGUGAAGCACGAGGGGGGCACAGUGGAGGCCCAAACACAACAAGAGGUUCCAGCUCCAGCAGCCUCCUGUCCUCCAGAGAGAGAGCCAGCAGACCUGCCAGCUCUGCAGCCAGCUGACUUGUCCUUCCAGUCUCAGUGCAGGGUGAAGCUGCUCUGCCUGCUGUACACAGUGCUGAUAGUGAAGAGUCUGGUGUACUGCUGUGGACUCUCUCUGCUGAUGAUCCUCACAAACAAGGGACCGUCCACCAACUGCACACAUGCUGACUGACUGUUUUCUGCUCGCCUUUUCUCACCAUCAAAUCUCAUCAAUUCAUCUCAUUCAUCACUUUGAUCAGUAUCACAAAUGUUAGUUAUGAUGUGUUGUGCUUAUUUUGGCUUUUUAUUCAAUAGUUAGAAGAUCAUCUGAAAUAAAUACAUCUUUACAUGUAUUGUUACUCUGAGUUAGAAUUCUUUUUGUACUUAUUGUGACU